AUGUCUUCGGAAAAGAAGUUGAACGUCGGAAUUAUCGGAUACGGCCUGUCCGCUAAGAUCUUCCACAUCCCUUUCAUCAACCUCACUCCCCAGUUCAAGCUACACAGCAUCGUCCAGCGCAAGCCGACGGCUUCAUCAUCUGCCCCCAAUGACUACCCCUCAUUGACGCACCACACCUCCCUGGAGCCUAUGCUUCAGGACCCCGAGGUCGACAUCGUCAACAUCUUGACACCUCCCAACACCCACUUCAACUUCACCAAGCAGGCCCUCCAGGCCGGCAAGCACGUCCUAGUUGAGAAACCUUUCGUGCCUACGGCCGCCGAGGCCGAGGAACUCAUCCAGAUCGCAAAGGAGAACAACCGCCUCAUCUGCGUCUACCAGAACCGCCGAUGGGACAGUGAUUUCCUGACGGUGAAGAAGAUGAUCAACGACGGCAUCUUCGGCCGCGUGUACGAGUUCGACACACACUUCGACCGCUACCGCGCGGACCGGCCCACGUCCUGGAAGGGCCAGCUGGGCAUGGCCGAAGGCGGUGGUGCCCUGUAUGAUCUGGGAUCCCACCUCAUCGACCAAGCCUACAACCUCUUCGGCCUGCCGGAGACCGUCUACGGCAAGCUCAUCAACCAGCGCGACGGAAAGUUCGACCCGGAGGACCCGGACAGUGUGCACGCACAGCUCGCCUACAAGAACGGCCUCAUCGUGAGUGUCCGCAUCGGCGUCAUGAGCGUCGAGACGAUCCAGCCGCGGUUCUGGGUGCGCGGCACCAAGGCGUCGUUCCACAAGACGGCGCUUGAUCCCCAGGAGGACCAUCUCAAGGAGGGCAAGAAGCCCAACGAGCCCGGUUUCGGCGUCGAGGACCCCAUCAACGGCGGCAGGUUGCUCCUCAUCAAGGACGGAGGCAAGGUUGAGGAGAGAACGAAGUUGACGGUGGAGCCCAAGACGUACCUCAAGCUCUUUGAGGAGUUCGCGAAGGCUAUUGAGACCGGGAAGGACGAGGAUGUUCCUGUUCCGGCAAGUGAGGCUCGCGAUGUCCUGCGCAUCAUUGAGGCCGUCAAGGAGAGUGCAAAGACGGGAAGUGAGGUCCGCCUGUCUUGA